GUGAAGGCAGCGUAAUCCAGCCCAGCCGCUGAGUAGCCAUUUUGGUCCCACCUAAAAACGGACAGAGCAGCUUCACUUUGGGCCGUCGGAGAUGGAAGAAACCCGAGUCGACGGCGACUAUUUCAGCCUCCAAAACCUCCCGAAUCCCUCCGAGAAACAUCGGCUGGUGACCUUCGACGCCACGGCUGCUUUUUAAACACAGUUUGUGGGAGAAUAAAGAAUAAAAAGCCUGGAGGUGAUUUCUGCUUUUUUUUGAAGUGGCGACAGUCAGCCUGAGUUGAGUUAGCUUCACGGACUCACACCACAAACGGACAGACGGACACUGAUUUGAGUUGAUUGUGUAAAAUAACUAAAUUAGGUUAUUUUAUUUUUAUUUUUUUUAUUUUUUAUUUCGUUUCCUAACAGUUCAAGGUGCUCGGUUCAAAACACGUCCGGUUUGGUUUUUGAAAAUAGUCUCACGAUCCAUGCUGAGCCCGUUUCCCCCCGGAGAGCAGAGCUGUAAUCUGUGUUUCUGUCGGACUGAAGGUGGAUUUUUUGGACGUUAAACGGAGACUGGUGGAAUUAAGGUCGAAUAUAAAGAUGUCAACAAAAACUCCUCUGCCUACAGUCAACGAGAAGGUGACGGAAAGUCACACGUCUCACAGCAAUGGACGCCAGGAGAUCAGCACGCGUCCGGCCCGCACCGGCGUCCGAUCUCGCAGCUCCGAGGAGCCGCAGCAGCCCCACGUCGGCAACUACCGGCUGCUCAAAACCAUCGGCAAGGGCAACUUCGCCAAGGUCAAACUGGCCCGACACAUCCUCACCGGCAGAGAGGUGGCAAUUAAGAUAAUAGACAAGACGCAGCUGAACCCAAACAGCCUUCAGAAGCUCUUCAGAGAAGUUAGAAUAAUGAAGAUCUUGAAUCAUCCCAAUAUAGUCAAGCUAUUUGAAGUGAUUGAGACGGAGAGGACGCUCUACCUGGUGAUGGAGUACGCCAGUGGAGGAGAGGUGUUUGACUACCUGGUUGCACAUGGACGAAUGAAGGAAAAGGAGGCCAGGGCUAAAUUUAGACAGAUUGUAUCGGCGGUGCAGUACUGCCACCAGAAGCACAUUGUUCACAGAGACCUCAAGGCGGAGAACCUGCUCCUCGACGCAGACAUGAACAUCAAGAUCGCAGAUUUCGGCUUCAGCAACGAGUUCACGAUGGGCAACAAGCUGGACACGUUCUGCGGCUCUCCGCCGUACGCGGCACCGGAGCUCUUCCAGGGAAAGAAGUACGACGGGCCGGAGGUGGACGUCUGGAGUCUGGGCGUCAUUCUGUACACGCUGGUCAGCGGCUCGCUGCCCUUCGACGGACAGAACCUCAAGGAGCUGCGUGAGCGUGUGCUCAGAGGGAAGUACCGCAUCCCGUUCUACAUGUCCACGGACUGCGAGAACCUCCUCAAGCGCUUCCUGGUGCUCAACCCGGCCAAGCGGGGUACUCUCGAGGUGAGGGAGGACGCAGAAAAUCAAAUCAUGAAGGAUCGAUGGAUCAAUGCAGGAUUUGAAGAGGACGAGCUCAAGCCUUACACUGAACCAGAGCUGGACAUCACGGAUCAGAAGAGAAUAGAUGUGAUGGUGGGGAUGGGCUACAACCUGGAGGAGAUCCAGGAGUCUCUGGCCAAGAUGAAGUACGACGAGAUCACCGCCACCUACCUGCUGCUGGGCAGGAAGGCCUCCGAGCUGGAGCCCAGCGAGUCGGCGUCCAGCAGCAACCUUUCUCUGGCCAAACCCAGACCCAACAGCGAGCUCAACGGCCAGUCACCAUCCCACCUCAAAGUCCAGAGGAGUGUCUCGUCCAACCACAAACAGAGACGCUACAGCGAACAAGUCGGUCAGAACGUCCCUCCAGGGAUGUCUCAUCCAAAGAGGAGUCAGACCACCACGGCGGAGAACAGCACCAAGGAGGACGUCCAGCUCCGUAAACCCGGCACCCCGGGGAGCCGCGGGGCUCCGCCCGCCAGCCCCCUGCUGGGCAACGCCAACAACCCCAACAAGGCCGACAUCCCCGACCGCAGGAAAGGCGCCACCACCGGCCCUAGCAAUAUCACUGCAUCGGCAGGUAUGACCCGGAGGAACACGUACGUCUGCAGCGACAGAAACAACGCCGACCGCCUCUCCGUCAUCCCCAACGGGAAGGAGAACAGCAGUGUCGCGGCGUCGCCCACCGGCCAGAGGAACCCGGUGGCCUCCAUCAACAGCAUCGCCAACGCCACCACGCCUGACCGCCUCCGCUUCCCGCGGGGCACCGCCAGUCGCAGCACCUUCCACGGCGGCCAGCUGAGGGACCGCCGCACGGCCACGUACAACGGGCCGCCGGCCUCGCCCACCCUCUCCCACGACGCCACCCCUCUCUCUCAGACCCGCAGCCGUGGAACCAGUAACCUCUUCUCCAAACUCACCUCCAAACUCACCCGCAGAAACAUGUCAUUCAGGUUUACCAAAAGAGUCUCAACCGAGUUUGAGAGAAACGGGAGACUUGAGGGCUCAAGUCGCCAUGUACCUGGGGAUCAAAAAGGGGAAAAUAAAGACAGUAAACCCCGCUCCCUCAGAUUCACUUGGAGUAUGAGGACCACCAGCUCCAUGGAGCCUUGUGACAUCAUGCGGGAGAUUCGCAAAGUGCUCGACGCCAACAACUGCGACUACGAACAGCAAGAGAGUUUCCUGCUUCUUUGCGUCCACGGUGACGGGCGAGCCGAGAACCUCGUCCAGUGGGAGAUGGAGGUUUGCAAGCUGCCGCGUCUCUCCCUCAACGGCGUCAGGUUCAAACGGAUAUCCGGAUCAUCCAUCGCUUUCAAAAACAUUGCUUCCAAAGUAUCCAACGAGUUAAAGCUAUGAACAAAAAGGGGGUUUAAAAGUAUACAUAUAUAUAUCUAGAAGUAUUUAAGCUGUACAAUCAUCCAAGUAGCAGUUUCCAAAUGUCUCCUUUUUUUUAAACAAAAAUACAGAGUAUGUAUUGAUAUUAUAAUGUAUAGAUUAAGGCUUUUGGCAAUAAUCACUGAAUUACCUACUAAUAUCUCAGUCUAUUCUGGCCACACGGGGUCGACAUUAACGAGUUGAAUAUGAUUUGUCAUGCUGUGAAUGUGGACAAAAAAAGAAACAUUUCUAGUCUUAUUUAUUUCAUCUUUUUUUGUUUUUGUUUUUCCUUAAUUGGAAAAAAGAAAAAAAAUUACGUAGCGUUUUUUUUGUUUUCAGUGUAAAUAAUGUUUAUCUUUACUUUCAAGACGGCUUCACUGCAAUACUCUUUUUUUUUUUCUUUUGUAUUUCGUUAUAAAUUAGAGAUGACGGGGGAGUCCGUGUAAAUGCUCACAUGGUUUAAGGGUCACUCAUGUCUCAAUUAAAGUGUCUGUCAACUUGAA